GGCUGGCAGUGGCAUGUGAUUGAGGUGGAAAAGCGGUCUGGAUUUUGAAGUGUGAAAAGGUCUGUCUGUCCUCACCACAGGACCGGGAGGAAGGGAGGGAGGCAGGCCCAAACAACGAGUCACACUUAAAGUGGACGACAGAACAAUAAACGGAUACUUGCUGUUAUUUUGAUGAUUUUUGCCGCAUGGACAAUGCAGUAAACUCCUUCCCUCGAUCCAGGAAGACCGACGCCUGGAUUCAUUCAAUUAUUACUGCUGUUUCCAUCUUGACUCAUGGACACAGACAAGAAACAGCAGUCCAUCCGAAUAUUACUUCAAGAACUGCUGCUUGUUGCUACUGUUUUAACUUUUGGCUGCUGGUUCUGUUUAAGAAAACUAGGGUGAUCUGAAACUUUGCACAUUCGUAUUUUUAGGGUUUGAUAAGUGUUUAAAUACACUUUCGACGCUUUUUUAUAUCCGUAUUUCCUUAUUUUAUUGUAUUUUAUUGACGACUAGGUAGCUACAGUGCCCAGUAAUGUAAACAUAGAUUAGAGUCGCGCGUACAUCAUUUAUAUUCCAACUGUGAAACAAAGAAAAAUAUGGGAAACUCCAAACGUUUAGUUUGAACAUUGUCAUACUACUGUCGCUAGUUUAUCCGGCUUUAUUUAAACUCUUUUUAGCUGUAUGGUUUGAUACUAAACCAACGGAAAACAUUGUGACUGAGGCUCUCCUGCCACGCGCGUGGAAAUCCACCGGACUGGAGUCUUCACCUGGACGUUACCGUGGAGGUGUAUCGAGCAUGGAGACGGAUUCAGUAACCGGUGGCGACGUGGACUCGGUUCAGGGAGGCAUGAUUUCUUUAGACCCUGUGGUCGAUGGGAUUUUGAUGGACUCGUUUUGCCAGCAGCAGGGAUGGGUGCGUGUGUACGAUGUGAAGGGGCCGCCCAGCCACCGCUUCUCCUGCGGCCAGUCGCCGUUCACGGAGCCCUGCGCUUGGGAGAGGAAGUACUGCAUCCUGACCGAUAGCCAGCUCAUCCUGCUCAACAAGGAGGAAGAGAUGCCAUCUGAGGUCCGUGAAAGCCCCACAGCAUCCUCAUCAAAGGUUCGCAGCCUGAGAAGGACAGUUAGUGUGCCCUCUGAAGGACAGUUCCCAGAGUAUCCACCAGAGGGAACCUCCAUGUUAGCGGAAGCGUCUGCGGAGCGCUCUCCCAGGCGGAGGAGCAUAUCGGGGCUGCACUGCAAUCAUCAAUGA